AUGCAUUUCUCAAUUCUUACCACUGCUCUGGCGCUCGCCAGCGUUGCCUCUAGCACGCCUCUUUCAGUCAGGCAAACAGCCAACGCUCUCGAUGCUGCUUUCCGUGCUCGAGGCCGUUCUUACAUUGGCACUUCACUGACCAUCCGCAACGACAACACGGAGCAAAACAUCAUCCGCAGCUCGGAAUUCGGCUCCAUCACGCCUGAGAAUGCAAUGAAGUGGGAUGCCACUGAGCCCAACCGCAACCAGUUCAACUGGGGCAACGCCGACGCCAUUGCAAACUUUGCCACGCAGAAUGGCAAGCAAAUGCGAUGCCACACACUGGUCUGGUACAGCCAGCUACCAAACUGGGUCAACCAAAUCAACAACAACGCCACACUCAUGAGCGUGAUGGAGAACCACAUCAAGCAGGUAAUGGGCCGAUACCGUGGCAAGUGCACGCACUGGGAUGUAGUCAACGAAGCCCUCAACGAAGACGGCACAAACCGCAACAACGUCUUCCUUCGCCUCAUCGGCGAACAAUACAUGCCCAUCGCCUUCCGCAUGGCCGCUGCCGCCGACCCAUCCGCCAAACUCUACUACAACGACUACAACCUCGAGUACGGCAGCGCCAAGCACGCCGGCGCCCUCCGCAUCGUCAAGCUGAUCCAGUCCUGGGGCGUCCGAAUCGAUGGCGUCGGUCUGCAGGGCCACUUGGUGUCUGAGCCUACGAACACGGCUAGCGACGUCACGCCCAGCGUCCAAGUCCUAACAAAGGUGCUGCAAGACUAUGCUGAUUUGAACGUGGAUGUUGCAUACACCGAGUUGGACAUCCGCUCGAGGAACCCAAGUAACAGCCAGAAACUUGCGGAUGCGGCAGCGGCUUGGGCGAGGGUGGCGCAGAGUUGUAUUAAUGUUCAGAGGUGCAUUGGUAUGACUGUUUGGGGAGUUGCCGACAAGUACUCUUGGGUUCCUGGCACUUUUAACGGCGAGGGCUCGGCUUUGCUGUGGAAUGACAACUUCCAGAAGAAACCCGCCUAUACGGCAUUCUUGGACGUGCUCAACGGCAAGAACGUCACUACCGUGUAG